AACGAUAAUAAACGCGGUAGGCCACGACGACGUAGUCGUUUCUCCCUCUAAAUGACCCGAAGAACCGCGUAUUGCCGAGUGCCGUAGACUAGACAGUACGCGUUAUUAUUUCUUCUUCCCCCGUCAACUGUUGUGACCAUUGUCGUAGUGCGUAUGGUAUGUUAUUGUUUUGUUCCAGUUUUAGUUUUGUUUAUUAGCCGUUCCGAUUGUAAUAAUACAUUUGUCUCUCGCGGUGUUUGUCGUCUGUACAUGUAACGAUCCUCAUUUUUCAGUUGGUUUUAUUAUUUGAUUACCAACAUAAUUGAUAUACAUAUAUAUAUAAUUAUUUAUUUAAAAUUUACUCAAUAUUAUGCUUACCCCGUCAACAGUUGUCCAAAUGUGUACAUUCAAGACAUAAUCAAGAUAUUUAACUUGAGUCAUAAGACAAAUCUGACAAAACUUAAAGUGUACCGGUGAUCGUGAAUUAAUUAGACUGUUCCUAAAAAUCCUUUAAAAUGUAUGGAAUGACUUCAGCAAUAAGUGAUGCUUUACCGACUGACAUGGAUAUACAACUAACAAAGUCUUUAGAUGAUGCCCUUGCAAAAGAAAAAGUUAUAACUACCGAUGAAGAUUUAUCACAAAGACUUGAAGUAUUAUCAAUGCUAAAUAAUUUGGCUAAAGAAUGGAUACGUGAAGUUAGUAUGGAAAGAAAUUUACCUGAAAUCACUGCUGAGAAUGUUGGAGGUUUAGUAUGUACUUUUGGAUCCUAUCGCCUUGGUGUUUAUCAUAAAGGUGCUGAUAUUGAUGCAAUUGUAAUAGUUCCUAGACAUAUAACAAGAAAUGAUUACUUUUCAACUUUUUAUAACAAAUUAAAAGAAAAUUCUAAUAUUAACAAUGUUCGAGCUGUUGAAGAAGCAUUUGUUCCAGUAAUUAAGAUGAUAAUUCAAGGCAUUGAAAUUGAUAUGUUGUUUGCCCGCCUUGCUUUAAAAGAAGUACAUGAAGAUACUGAUUUGCAACAAGAUGAUCUACUUAGAAAUUUAAAUCCUAAAUGUGUACGAAGCUUAAAUGGUUGUCGAGUCACUGAUUCUAUCUUAAGAUUAGUGCCUAAUAGAGAAUCAUUUAAGAAAACUUUAAUUGCAAUUAAAUUAUGGGCUAAACGUCAUAGAGUUUACUCAAAUGCCUUAGGUUACCUUGGAGGUGUUUCAUGGGCAAUGUUGGUUGCAAGAGUAUGUCAAUUAUAUCCAAAUGCAGCACCUGCUACUUUAAUACACAAAUUUUUUUUAAUUUUUUCCAAAUGGCAGUGGCCUCAGCCAGUUUUAUUAAAACCGUCAUAUUUUAUGGAUCUUGGAUAUCCAGUUUGGGAUCCAAGAGUAAACAUGGCUGAUCGAAAUCAUGUUAUGCCAAUUAUAACUCCGGUUUAUCCUCAACAAAAUUCAACUUUCAAUGUUUCACAUUCUACACUAGAUAUUAUACAAGAUGAAUUUAAAACUAGUUUAGACAUUAUGGGAGAAAUUUUAACUGGGGAAUCUAGUUGGUCAAAACUUUUUCAACCUUCCAAAUUUUUCACUAAGUAUAGAUAUUUCUUAGCCAUUACAGUGUUUGCAAAUUGUGAUGAAGAAUUACUUGAAUGGAGAGGUUUAGUUGAAUCAAGACUUCGUUUUUUGCCUACAUCUUUAGAAGAAAUUGAUUGUGUCCAAAGAUCUCAUUUAAAUCCUGACCAGUUUUCAUUGCCUUUUGAAAAGUCUCAAGGAAGGCCAUCUUCAGUUUGGUUUGUUGGUUUAGAAAUAUCAAAAUCGAAUGGUACAAUUGUUCAAUUAGACUUUAGCUCGCAUAUCCGAGAUUUUUGCCUAUUAGUGAAAAGUAGAGCUCAUAGUAUUUUUAGAGCGGGUAUGGAUAUACAAGUUAAUCAUUUGAAAAGAAAGGACUUAAAAGAUUAUGUACCAGAUGAAUUGAAAAAAGAAAAGGCUAUUCCAAAUACUGUUGGUAGUAAAAUUAUUGCUAGACUAUCAACUGAAGGUAGGCAUUCCUUAUCAGAAUUAGAAGAAUCACAAAAAAGCCCCGAAUCUAGGAAACGGAUUGCUGAUGAUGACAUUUGUAAUAAAAGAAACAAAAUUCAGUUAUCAGAUGUAGAAAAGAAGUUUGUAUUAGGAUCAUUAGAACCUCAAAAAAGUCCAUCUCAAAAUGAAAUUAAUGAUAAUAAUCUAACAAAUUCUCUAUUAUCAACUGAGAAAAAUAGUAAUUCUUUAUCAAUUCAAAAUGAAACUAAAGACGUUAUUGUGGAAAAUAGUAAUUCUUUAUCAAUUCAAAAUGAAACUAAGGAAGUUAAUGAAAAAGAUUCUCUAUUAUUGAAUGAAGCUAGAAAUUUAAUAAUCGAAUCUGGAGAUUCACAGAGAAGUCCAGUUUCAAAUAAAUGCUUUGCCGAAGAUGAGACUGAUGAGAAUGAUCAGAAAAAAAUAAGGCUUUUACAUCCAACUGUUGCCUAAUUAACUAUGUGUUCAUAUGAUUAUCAUAUAUUAUUAAAUUAUAUAUAUACAUAAAAAAUUUUUAAAAAAAAAACGAAAAAAAAACAAAAAAAAAU